CACACAGCAACAGACUAUUUUUGUUCCUUCACAUUUUCUGUCUGUCUUGGUGUCUUUUUCCUUCUUGUCAGCGCCUGUCUGUUUGUCAUUCCUUAUUGGUCCAUCCGUCUACCUCAUAUCUUUCUCUCUCUCUUUCUGUCUCAGAGUCUCUGGCUCACUCUCUUUAUUUUGCCUCUCCCUCCCUCCCUCCCUCUCCGUCUCCUCUCCCUGUGUAUUCUGUGAGCACAGCCGCAGGCAGGCAGGGCUGAGUCUGUCAUUGGGACUCACUAAUGAGCCCUCCACUCCGUCUCCUCGCGUGGAGGAAUGUUUGGGCUGGCGAGUAAGUGAGAGAGCGAAAAAAAAGGGGAGCGAGGGAAAAGGGGAGCGAGGGGAGUCACAGAAAAAGGGAGGGAGUGAGGAGUCAAAGGAGUGGAGCAUGAGAAAGAGCUGUUGUACCUGCUGCUCUCACUGCUCAAAUAUUAACAACGGGUUCCGUGGGAGCUGAUGCCGCUGCUCUGGGACAAGCCCAAACUGUGGAGGCAGCCGGGCUCAGUGGUCUGUGGACAGGCAGUCUGCCGCUGCUGCUGGAGGCACCACUGCAUCUAAGACUCUAAUGGAGGAGGAGGUCACAGAGCCCGAUCCUCGGAUGGUGGAGCCCACUGGCAUCCAGCCGCCAGGGAUGCACUUUGAGGUGAAUGGAGAUUUGCCCGGGAACCCUUGCCUGAGGGACGGGACGGAGGAGGUGAUGGAGAGUCCGACGAGGGAGCCUGAUGUGCUGCAGUAUCCUGCUGAGUACAGUCAGAGCCACCAGUACGGGGAGAAGAUGCCGUUCCACCAUGUGACGGCAGGCCUGCUCUACAAGGGGAACUACCUGAGCCGCUCGCUGUCUGAAAGUGACAGCGACGUGCUGGCCAGCAUCUCUGUGGAGGAGCUCGACGAGAUCCGGGAGGCGUUUAAGGUCCUGGAUCGGGACGGGAACGGGUUCAUUUCCAAGCAGGAGCUCGGUAUGGCCAUGCGCUCUCUGGGUUACAUGCCCAGUGAGGUGGAGCUGGCCAUCAUCAUGCAGAGACUAGACAUGGAUGGUGAUGGACAGGUUGAUUUCAACGAGUUCAUGACGAUCCUCGGACCCAAACUGCUGUCGUCUGAAACCAGAGAAGGAUUCCUGGGCAGCACAAUAGAUACCAUCUUCUGGCAGUUCGACAUGCAGAGGAUCGAGCUGGAGGAGCUCAAACACAUCCUCUUCUACGCCUUCCGUGAUCACCUCACCAUGAAGGACAUCGAGAACAUCAUCAUCAACGAGGAAGAGAGCCUGAAAGAAAACUCUGGGAACUGUCAGACAGAGUUCGAGGGAGUUCACCCUUCAAAGAAGAACCGACAGACGUGUGUGAGGAAGAGCCUCAUCUGCGCCUUUGCCAUGGCAUUUAUCAUCAGCGUCAUGCUCAUCGCAGCCAAUCAGAUGCUGAGGAACGGCAUGGAGUAGCUGUUCUGACUGUGAGCGGGGAGCCAGCCAGCCAGCCUGCCUGCAUGUGCAUGCCAGUGGGUGAGGUCAUAUCCCUGCUGAUAGGACUACAAGGAAUUACACUCAAAAUAAUCAGAGACCUAAUCCAUUUUUGAAAUUGUUUUUUUUUUUUAGUUUGUUUUUUUCGACGAGUGGCACCUCUCCACCUGACGUCCAAUGAAACCGUGAAGCCAGCAUGAGGAGUCAUGCUGUAUUCCUCCCCCUUUAUUCUGACAGGGACACUUAAGGGCUGACAUAACACAGAAUAAUUUGUCCUGUCUGUUUCCCUGAUGCAAUAAAACAAAGUUUUAUGAAACACUUAGUUCAGUGCAGGAGUUCAGAGCUGCUAGUGGGAUGUGAUGCGUUUGUCUGCAGAUUUGUCACCCACCAUAAGUCUGAUGAGCUACCAGAGCCGCAGUCUGGGAGCCCCCCCCCCCCCCCC